AUGUCACGUGUAAGAGUUUUUAUGACUAUAAGUAAUCAUGAACACCGAUUUUCUUAUUCAACAUUAGCGAUGGUUGAUCAAAUAAACGAUGUCUGGAUUUCAGAUGAAGAAAUAUCAAAAUAUGAUAAAUUAAUCUCGUCAAAAGACUGGGAACGUAUGAAUGAAGACUUUGGGAAUGUAAGUUCUUUACCAUGUCCAUGCAUUUGGAGAAUGACUAGGAAAACCACCAUAGGGUACAAAGAAGGAAUUAUAGAAGGUAAAGAUAUUACCAUUCAAGAAGGGUUCAAUAAAGGGUACGCUGAAGGAGCUAGUGUUGGAAAAGAAAUUGGUAGGUUAAGAGGUUUAUUAAAUACAUUACUAGAAUAUUACACACCUCUACUUAGUAAUACUAAUGUUGAUGAAAGUAACAUUAUACUUCCAACUCAAUCUACUAUUGAUAGAUUAAAAUCUUUAGAAAGUGAUCUUGCAAAUUUAACCGUCGAAAAAUUUUUCACAAAAAAUUAUUUUAAAGAAACUUCAUCAACUGAUUCGAUAUGUAGUCUCUGUGAAAAGUCGGAAAGCACAAUAGAAAAUUGUUGUAAAAAUAAUAUGAAUGAUUUUGAAAUGUCAAAUGUUAGUCAUGAAUCAGAAGGUUGCUUGCUGUCUCAACAACCUUUAUCACAAGUGAAUUCUCCCAGACAAAUUUUGGCAGAAUAUUGUGAAAAAGUCAAAGCUUUAUUAGCUGAAUUAGGAUUCAACAUAAAUUAA